CCGAUAACACAAUGAGUCAAUGACACAAACGCUCCGACUCCGACACAUCAAUGGUGUUGCAAUUGUCGAAGCUCCCAUUAUUUCGCCGUUGCGGGUGGCUUAGCUCCAGCAAUGGAGUCUUCUUCACAUCCGAACAUCAAAACUUCUCUCAGCUUCAAGUGAGAUGGCCCAACACCCACAAAAAUUGUCCAGUCAGAAGCUUCGCCACUCUAAAGUCAGGAAAAGUUAUACCGCCAAAGAAGAAGAAGAGAUUGGAUGAAGUAUGUCUUGAAAGGUUUCAGCAGUACAGUCGAAACUACAUUCAAUCAUGGAUCUUACAAGGCAAGGUAAUUGUUGAUGGGAGAGUUGUAACUAAAUCUGGACACCCUGUUUCUGAUAAAUCCGUUGUGGAAAUCAAGGCUGAAAUCCCGAAAUAUGUAUGUAGAGCAGGACAUAAAUUAGAAGCUGCCAUUGAACAGCUAGGAAUCGAUGUUACUGGUAAAGUGGCUCUUGACUCAGGGCUAUCAACUGGAGGGUUUACUGAUUGCUUGCUUCAGUAUGGUGCUUCUUUUGUUUAUGGUGUUGAUGUAGGAUAUGGACAGGUGGCGGAUAAAAUUCGUCGAGAUGAACGUGUUUCUGUUAUUGAAAGGACAAACUUAAGAUAUCUUACUGAACUUCCUCAGAAAGUUGACUUGGUGACUUUGGAUCUUUCAUUCAUUUCUAUACUUGUGGUCAUGCCUGCUGUUAUUAGCCUGAUGAAAGAAGAAGCUACUUUAGUUACACUAAUCAAACCUCAAUUUGAGGCUCGUAGAUCACAAGUGGGAGGAGGUGGAAUUGUGAGAGAUCCCUUGGUUCAUCAAGAGGUGCGUGAAAAGAUAGUGAAGGGUGUGGAAGAUCUAGGAUUCCAAUGCAAUGGCUGGAUAGAGUCUCCAUUAAAGGGUGCUGAAGGAAACAUAGAAUUCCUAGCUUGUUUUAGCAGAACAACCGUUGACUCACCAGUUAAAGUAGAGUAGAUUAUUAGAACAACUAAAGUUUUGGGAACAGAUGUUAUAAAAGUAUCCAAUGUUGAUGACAGCAUGAAAUGAAAUGUUUUAACUAA